CCAGAAUGCACCACGGCUCCAAAGUCCUUUUGUUGCCGGAAAGCGAGCGGAUAAUGCUCGGACACAACGAGCUUCCGAGGUUGGAUAAAGGAGACACGACUCAGGAGGAGGAACAGCAGGUGGAGAAAAUCGUCUCGAACCCAGAUGGAUUUUUCCCGAACUGUUCUCCAGCAGUGGCCGCUUUUCUCCAGGCUGAGCUGGAACUCAGUGCCUGUCUGCGAACUUUGACCUUUAGGGAUCCGGUGCGUUAUGUGUACAACCCGCUUGAGUACGCGUGGGAUACACACCUUCUCUACGCUGAGAAAUACUGCCACAGUGGACAGAGUGUCCUGUUCCUGGGGAUGAACCCAGGACCUUUCGGCAUGGCGCAGACCGGAGUUCCGUUCGGUGAGGUAAAGGCUGUGCGUGAUUGGCUGAAGAUCUCUGGCGAGGUGGGUCGUCCUUCUAAUGAGCAUCCCAAACGCCCAAUCAGAGGCUUUCUGUGCUCUAAGAGUGAAGUGAGCGGUGCACGGUUCUGGAGUUUCUUCCAGGAUCUCUGCGGAGAGCCUGAACGCUUUUUCCGUAACUGUUUUGUCCAUAACCUGUGCCCCCUGAUGUUCAUGAGUGAGUCAGGGAGGAACGUGACGCCCCCCGAGAUGCCCGCUGAGGACCGCAAUGUCCUGCUGAGCCACUGUGAUGCCACACUGUGCCAAGUGGUCCGAGCCCUGGGCGUUUCCGUGGUGAUCGGAGUGGGUAAGGUGGCAGAGCAGCGAGCCCGGCGUGGCCUGGCUGAAGCUGGAGUGGAAGUGAAGGUGGAGGGAAUCAUGCACCCUUCACCCCGGAACCCGCUGGCCAACAAGGGCUGGGCUUCUGUGGCUCGAACCCAGUUAGAGCAGAUCGGGGUGUUGGAUUUGCUCACCAAGUGACUGAAGACUUACAGAAUGUUUUAUUUGUAAAUAUUGUUUUAUAUAAAGUACACUACAGUCAGUGAGUCCUUCAGCUCAGAUCGACUCAAUCAGACGAGACGUGUUCAGGGUCUGAAGCUCAUGUCACGAUUCAGUGCUAAUGGAGGGGUUCCGCCUCCGGUUCAGUCUCUCACAGUGGUGUGGGAUCAGUGUCUCUCUCUGUCACACACACACACACACGCCGAGACACGCUGUUAUAGAUACACGAUAGAUCCGUCUAGUCCAUGAUGGUAAACUGGAGCCUGCAAGAUUCCAUUACCUGUUAGCAACAUUAGCCAUGUAGCUUCAGUACAAAACAAAAGAAAGAAAGUUCACACACCGAGCGCGUCUCGACUGAGCGACGACGUUCAGAGGAAAAAAGAACAUCACGGACCGUUUAUUUUGGCUGCUUUAAUCAGCCACAAAAUGGAAAUCCUGUUCUAAAAUCCACAGUUACUGCAGUUUAUAAAUAAUAUUAUGGUCUUGGAAAGAAAGAAAGAAAGAAAGAAUGCACAGAAAGGUGUAAUAAAAUGAAAGGAGAAAAAGAAACAAAUAAAGAAAGAAACAUCACCAAAGAGAGAGAUACUGAAAGAAAGAAUUACAACAGAAAUGGAAAGAAAGAAAGAAAAUGCAGAGAAAGGUGUAAUAGGAGGAAAGAAAUAAAGAUUGCAAAAGAGAGAUAAAGAAAGAAAACAAAAGACAAAGGCAAAAAGAAUUACAACAGAAAUGAAAUGAAAGAAAGAAAACUUAAGAGACAUGGGGAAAAGAAAGAGAGAUGAAACAGACAGACAAAUAACAGACAAACAAACAAACCACAACUAUGACAUAGCAAAAGAAAGAGUAAGAAAGAUGGAUAGAAAACAAUUACAGCACAAAGUUUUUAAGAAAGAAAACAAAGACUGAAAUGUAACAGACAGUAAUAUGUGAUGGACAGAAAGAAACUAAGAAAAAAAUUAAAAACAAAGAUGGAAAGAAAAACAACAGACAGAUGUAGAGAAGAAUGGAUAGAUUUUUUAAACUCAUCACUGUAAUUUAAACGUAUGCUCCUUGUCGUGGUGUUUUAUUAGGGCCCGAGCACCGUUCGGUGCGAAGACCCUAUUGUUUUUCGAAGGAUUCUUCUUCUUAUGUCGUGUUUGGCCUUAUUUGAGGCAUUUCCCAUGCACAAAAACUCAUGAAAUUUGGUAUACACAUCAGUCAUUGUUCUCACUACUCAGCCACAGACUUUUGGCCCUGGGCGUGGCCCAGGGACUUCAUAGCGCCCUUUUUCCAUUUCCCAUUGAAAUGAAUGGGUAGAACUUUGGAAUAAUGUCAUAAGGCCAUUUGGAGUGAAAUUACACAUGAUCAUUUCUAACGUACUCCUCCUAGACGGUUCAUCAGAUUUAUGUCAAACUUGGCAAACAUGAUGCCAAGAUACUGCUGAAGUUAAAUCGCGAAGGGAUUUUUGAUAUGUUGUAAUAUGUUGAAAUAUUAUAACAUAUAAUAUGCCAAGAUAUUGCUGAAUGUUGAACUUGAUAUCUUGUAAUAUGAUUCUGAUUCUGAUGCUCUUUAGCCGUUAUGGGCCUGUCUGGUAUAGCGCCACCAACUGGCCAAGGAAAGAAUAGGGUUUUGAAUAUGUGUGUUUUGACACAUGAUGAAUUUUAACAUGCUCCUCCUAGACGGUUCAUGAGAUUCAUGUGAAAUUUGUUAUACGUGAUGCCAAGAUGUCGCUGAUAUUAAAUUGCGAAGGGAUUUUUGAUAUCUUGUAAUAUGUUGAAAUGGCCUUAUGAUUUUAAUAUCUUGCCACAUAAACAGGAAACAUGUCAGAAAGCCACAGUGCAUUGACUGUAUGGUCGGACACUUCUUACUUCAGUAGAUAUUAUGAUUAUUAUGAUAACCUGAUGCCCAAUGGGCCUGCCUGUUAUAGCGCCACCACCUGGCCAAGCAGGAAAUGUGCCAGACAUUGGCAAUGCCUUAACUGAUUGAUCUGACACUUUACAAAAUAUUGUGUAUUAUGAUUGUGAUGAUAUUCACAUGUGUAAUUCAGAUGCCUAGCACAGCGCCACCAUCUGGCCAAGCAGGAAAUGGGGAAAAAUGUUCAAUUCAUUGAUGGAUUGAUCUGAAACUUUACAAAAUAUUGGAUAUCAUGAGUCUGAUGAUAUAACACAAUUCUGUGCACACUCAUACACACACAGUCAUAUGCAUAUUUAUGCAUACACACACUCUCUCACAAGUAUGCACUCACCUGCACAUGCAACAUCUAUGAGCGCACUCUCACACACACUCUCUUUCACACACACACACUCUCUCACAAGUAUGCACUCACAUGCACACGCAACAUCUAUUAGCGCACUCUCUUUCUCACACACUCUCUUUCACACACACACACACACACACACACUCUCUCUCUCUCUCUCUCUCUCCCUCCCUCUGACAAACAGACACACACACGCACAGACAAUAAUAGGGAGCUCCAGCAGAGCACCAUACCUAAGAAAAAAUGGUAAACCCAUCGAGUCGAUUUUUUGUGGUUUGUCUGUGUACGUGUACCACCAGUCAUACUCACCGCUUAGUGGCCAGUGCUGGCCAGUAAAGAAAUAAAAGAGACUGGCUAGGAUAUAAGAAAAUUCUACAACCCAGAAGCAGAUGGGAGCUCCGCUUUUAGGCAGUGCCGAAAUCUAUAUAUUAGUGACCUGCCAUCAUUGUGCAUUUUGUUGCAGACAUAUGAAAACUCUGCAUGUACACACACACACACACACACACACACUGCAGACACAGGGAAGCUAAGAUGACUUAAGAUUACAGCGUAAGAUAGAGAUAAGGAGGAGACACAUGUAUAGUUUUGUACAUAUAUAAAUGUACAUUUUCACAGCACAGAAACACACACACACUUGCAGUCUUUGUCUGUCUAUCUCUCAUCCGUCAAGCAGUCAUGGCAUUUGCAACAUGCACAUCACCUUUGAACAUUUGAUGAAUAUAUGACAUGUGACUGUUUUGUUGGGUGGCAGAAUGUCCUGGAUUGCGGAGCCACACGUGCGAGGGCCCGUCAAGGCUGCUAACGGCUUUAAUUAUUGUUUCCCUCAAGUUUUUUUUAAUUAAUUAAUAAAUACAUAAUUAUUAAACACUGUGA